AUGGGUUGCAUCGAGCAAUUUCUCGACGCGCAAAUGUGGUAUCUGCGCUACUGUGGCGUGGUGCGAAGGAAAAGCGUCCUCGCCGGCGUGCGGACGAACGGCUGCUUCGCGGUGCUGGUCACCUUUAUCGCCCUGCAGUCGACGUUCGUCUUCCAGCACGUGCACCACUUCGGGCGGAUCUGCGACGCCAUCCCGACGCUGGUGGUGGGCAUGGUGACGCUGUCGAAGUUCUACAUCUUCGUGUUCCACCCGGCGACCAUUUUCGCGCUGAUUGAUUCGUUCAAGGCGCUGCAGGGGCGCGCGACCGGUGACGAGCUGGCACUGUUCCGCCGCUGCGGUCGCUUUCACUCGAAGCUGACUCGCAUCUACAUGGUCUCGGCGCUGAUCGUGGGAUGGUUCUAUAUCAUGAGCGCGGUGCUGACUGGCGUCUACCAGACGCUCGCCGAUGGGAGGCUGCACUUUGUGGCACCGAUGGCCUUUCCCCACAAUUAUCAACAUCCGGCGGUGUUCGCGCUGACGUUCCUGCUCAACUGCGACUCCAUCCACAUGUCCAUCUUCAUUAGCGGAAGCGUCGAUACGUGCUUCUCCGAGCUGGCGACGAAUGUGACGAUCCACUUCGCGGUGCUGCAGGGGCGCUUUCGGGCGCUCGACUUCCGGCGCGGGGCCGGCGGGCUCGAACCGAUCGUGGCCUACCACCGGGACGUACUGCAGCUGUGCCGGGCCAUGACGGACCUGUUCCGGCACACCGUGUUCUACCUGCUGCUGCUCGACUCGGUGCUGCUGUGCGUGAUCGGUUAUCAAUUUGUGCUAUUCAUGAGCACGCCCCGGGCCCUCAUGCUGGUGGCGAUGGCGUUCGUGAUGGUGCUGCAGGCGGUCAUCUACUGCUACCACGGUACCAUGAUCCACGAGGAGGGCCUCAAGGUUGCUGACGCCAUUUAUCAAAGCAAUUGGUACGAGGCACCGGUAGCCGUGCAGAAACGGUUGCGAUUAUGCAUGAUGCGAGCGCAGAAACCCAUCGUCACCCGGGGAGGAUUCAUAAAAGCCACUCUGCCCACCCUCAAGAAGAUUUUAAACUCCACCGGUUCCUACAUCACCAUGCUACUGUCCCUCGAUACGGAGCUGCAAUAG